UGGGUAAUACACCAGGUGGCGAAAAGUAGAGCUCAACAUUUAUUGAAAACGAAGAAGAAAACGGGCCCGCCUCCGUUUUCGUUGUGUGACGUAAUUUCCUUUCCGUGUGUGCUAAACUCCAAGUGAACACGCGCUCGCCUUUUUGCUCAAAAUGCGUUACGUUGCUGCUUACCUGCUAUCUGCCCUCGGUGGCAAUGACAAUCCGGAUGCUAAACACAUCAAGAAGAUCCUGGAAAGUGUUGGCAUCGAGGCUGACGACACUCGUUUGGAGAAGGUAUUUGUAUCAUUGAACUUCCCUAGCAUGUGGAAACCACAUUUGGACUUGAGUGGCAUUUACAAAUGUCAUUUCAUUCAACAGGUCCUGUCUGAGCUCAAAGGCAAGAAAGUGAAUGAUGUGAUUGCUGCUGGCAUGGGCAAACUGGCCAGCGUGCCGGCCGGCGGCGCUGUAGCAGUUGCCAGUUCUGCAGCUGCUGGCUCAGGAGGUGGAGGAGCAGCUGCUCCUGCUGCAGCUGAAGAAAAGAAGGAAGAGAAGAAGGAAGAGUCUGAAGAAUCUGAUGAUGACAUGGGAUUCGGUCUUUUUGACUGAGCUCUUUGUAUGGAAUAAAACUGUUUAAAAACAAAAAA